UUUUACAGAACUUGGCCUUGCAAAAAGAGAUCCUUGAUGUUUUGUGUCAACUGGUAGCUAUUAAUGAAAGCCAGAAAUUGGUAGUAGCGAAGCUCAGAGAAGAAAGGGAAAAUGAGGAUUACAGAAAAAUGCAGCGAAGAGAAAGCCAGAAGGAAGACAUUGAUCUGUUGUGUGAUGAGCAGAUGUUACAUGACAACCAUGACAAGGCUGGUUCUGAACCCCUUCAUGUACUACACAAAGGCAAGAGUCCAGUCAGGGAGGCAGAAAUCCAUGCAGCAGCAACACCCUGCUCAGACUAUGCUAAGGAUUUGCAUGAUGUCAAUUCCGAUGACUGUUUUGAAGAGCCUGCUGCAGAUGGAACUCCAGCAAACCAAAGUGAGCCUAACAGCCCAACAGGAUGGUGUUCACCGGAGAAGAGACUUCACAAUUUUCAGCCUCCAACGGCAGACUACUCUAUGGAAGACAUCCAUGACUUGGUCACAGAGGAUGAGUUCAUGCAUGCUUUGGGUCUUCUCACUGUGCGGGAAUGUAGAGAGGUUAUGGACAAGCGCUAUGAGAGGAGGAAAAGAAAUGCUUAUUCUCAUAUAUUCUCGAAUACAAUAUGGGAAAAGCCAGAAACUCGCCGGAAACGUCGUGCCUGGCUAAUGUCUGGUGCAGGGUCACCACCCACUCUGAGACGCAAGGUUCGACCACCUUCCCAACCCCCAUCACAACCUCAGUCGCGUCCUUGCUCGCCUGCACAAUCCUCAUGCUCGCCCCCUACCACCUGCCCCCCUUCACAGGCAGCCUCUCCCCAGUCUGUAGAGGAAGAAUUUCCCGUGGCAUCGCAGCCCUCUGAGGAAGUGUGUCCAAUGUGCAAGAUGAAGGGAGCAGAUGUGCAGUGUGACGGAUGUGGCGUGAUAUAUCAUGGACCUUGUGUAGAUCUGGGAGACACCGAACCACCCCCUUGUUGGCUCUGCCUAACCUGCGAGCAGCUGGGGCUCCGUGCUUCAACCAACAGCGACCCACAGUACCAUAGCAGGCGUAGAGAGGCACUGGAGAUCCGCGAACGUCUUCUGCGUCAGCGUGCCGAGCUCACAAUCUCUAAACUGCAGUUGGAAGAGAGGAAAAGGCACUUAGCACUGGCACUGCAGGCCCAGUGCUCAGAGAGAGAAAAGUUGCAGCACAAGGAGGAGGAGGUACGGGAAGCCAUCCAUCAGUUGCAAAACUUUAUCUACACAUUCCAGCAACCUGAACCACCACAUGUUAGCACUUCAAGCCAAGCAAGUUCUCCAGCAGCAACAUCUCCAGUUGCAACUUCUCAUCAGCCUCUGAGAACUGGUGUCACUGCAUCACCGCCACCCAAUGCAGGACAGAAAAUAGAUCAUGUGACCAAUGUAAGGUCUCCAUCACCCAGUUCCUAUCCGCUUGACUGCAGUCAAGCUGCUUCAUCUUCACCUAACUCACCCACCAAUACCCUCAAGUGGUCUGAAACAUCAUCAACACCUUCCCCCUCACCCAGUGAUAUUACUCCUCAACUUUUCUUGCCUGGACUUACCAUAACCAGGACUUCUUCCCCUGGCCAGUCCUCUCAGGCAUCAUCUUUAAAUCACAGCUCUUCCAAAAGCAUUGUACCUAGUUUGACUAUAUCCCGUACAUCCCCUCCAAGCCCAAAAUCCAACUUCCUCUCUAGCUUAACUAUAUCUCAGUCACAAAGGAGUCAGGUAAAUCCUCAGCCAUACGUGUCGGUUCACACCACCUAUGCUUCAUCGUCACCCACUCGGCCUUCUUCAAAUACAUCAUCUCCAGGUCAUCAGUCAUCUGCGUCUUUCUACCCAGGAAUUAUUGUUUCACCGUCAUGCUCGCCAAAGCCAAGUAUUUCCAUUUCCCCUAUAUAUAAUACUGGGGGCAGGAGUAAAACAAAACACAUACCACAUACACAGAGGGCAUCAGCGACAGUCCAUGGUAAAAAACAGCGGUCUGAAGCUAGACUGCGUGCUGCUCUUACUCACCAGAAUGAAGCAGAUAUACACUCUCAACCAACUGACUUGUCGUCACCAUCUCACUCCAGAAAAAAUGGUAUCCCAGGAAUUAGAAGAGGAGAAAAUGAUGCAAUGGCAGCCUCUUUGUGAUAAACGUUAUUUUAUUCAUUGAUGUCUUUCACAUAUCUUCCAAUAAUACAGUGUAUUAAUUAAAUGUGUGAAAUUACUGUGAUUCUCAGUUGAUCUUUAAAUGACCAAUUAUAGAAAUAUUUAUAUCCCAUUGAAUGGGUUUUGUAAUUCCCAAUCAAAUCAUGUGCAAUAUGUUGUGCUUUAUCUAUAUUUGAAUAUAUGAUCCGUCAAAUGAUAUCAGGUAUUUUAAAAAUGCAUUGGAAAUUAAUGUGUUCAACUCAUUUAAUAUUGAAACUGAUGCCACUUAACUACUUUGAAUGAAGUUAUAGUAGAUACUGAGUGCAAGGAAGUAUUUGAAGGAUAAUGAAAAGAUGCAGAAUAUAGGUAUAAAUUUCAUUUUUAUCAUUAUCACUGUACUACAAACACUGAGCUGCUGCCCAGACUUUCAGAGGUUUAACAAUAGGCUAUUAAUAAAAACAAUCUUUGCAUGAGUUUGCACUUAAUUUCUAAAUACUUUUUCUUUAAUGCUGAAAUAUUGCAUUUAAGUUUCAAAUUUUGCAGUUCUUAGGAAAAAAAUCAUGUUUAAGUAAAAUACAGUACAGUCAUAUGUAUGUGUCAUACAUUAGCCUCCAUCCAUAGUCUCAAAAAAUUACGAAUGAUUCUGUAAAAUGAAAAUAUUUUAUAAUGAAAUUUACUUUUUAUUAUAGGUGCAGUGUGAAAUAAGAUACAGUAAAGCACUAGGAUACGGUAACUAAAAGUACCUGCAAACAGCAAACUAAAGGUUCUUGAUAUACAUUUUACUUGAUAAGCUUUAGCAUUAUGUAUGACCUCAAUUAUGAUUUUCUAUACUGCUGUAGAGUUUCACAUUGAAGAAAUCUUUAUGGGUAUAAUUUUUCUCUGCAGAGCUCUUUUAUUUCCUACAUAUGCUACAGAUACUCAAAUAUAAUUUUCUACACUCUUCUCUAAGUGAAUAUAUAUCUAGCAGUAUUCAUGCUUAUAUUCAAAGUUAAAUGUCUGAUAUUUUAUGUGCACAUCAUUUUUCUGUAUUUGUAAUUAGAAAAUGUCAUUAUAAAGAGUUUAUAGAGAGAAAUUAACAUUAGAUUGAAUACAUUUUUAUAGAUGGUUUUAGAGAUUUCCUGCUAUUAAUCAGCUGAAAUACAUGCUACUUCUACGAUAUGAUUGUUACUUUUUUGGUAUGUUUGUACCCAUGUACAAAAACUUGAAGGACUAAACCAUUAUGAUGUAAUUAAUGAGUUCAAUUUUGGUUUGUUUAAGGAAUCCUCAACGUUUUAAACUUUUGCCGUCCAUUAGCGACAAAUAAAAGAAAAUGAACUCA